UGCACACCGCUCUCCCCAGGGAGGGCCGGCUCGCAGGCAGGAGGGAGCAGCACUUUUCAUGCUGAGUGCAUUAAAGUGCCAGUAAAUUGCGCAUUAACGAGCCAGGGCGAAUUGGGGAAGGCUCCCCUGGGCCUUGUACUGCUGGGAGGCCCAGCUGGGGAAUCCAUCACUGGCUGCCCUGGGAGGCAGCAGCCUUGAGUGCUCAGGGAGGGGUCCUACAUCACAGCCUCUCCGUCCACCCUCCUGUUGGCCCCCACCCACCACGGGCAGUGGGUGGGACCAGGCUGCCAGGGGAGGCAGAUUAACACGGCUGGCCCCCAUGUCUCCUGACUUUGGGGAAAUUGGCUUUGAUUCCUGAGCCUCAGUUUUCUCAUCUGCAGAAUGGGAACGCCAGUAGUGCCUGUUGAACAUAACAGACAGCCACGGCGCUUAUACUGCGUCUCUUGAGCAAUUCUUUCUCUCUGUGAAUCAGAGCAUUUCCCCAGGGUUCUGGCAUCCACCAUGGAGGGGCCUGUGCAGUCAUAAGACCAUGGCCACCACCUCCAGAGCCAUAGGCCAAAGAUAAAUCCAUGUUCUCUUCUUCAACAGGACACGCGUGGCUAUUUAAAUUUUAAUUGGCAUCAGCCGAGGUCACUGUUCACAUUUCAAUCUCUCAACAGCGACCACCCUAGACAGGCAGGUCCAGAACAUCCCUGGUGGCACUGCGUUUUGCCUGCCUGGGCCGAAUGUAGCUGCACACACAUACCUUCCACAGAGCCCCCUACCGGGCUGAAAAGGGGGGUCUCCCUGUGGCAGACGGGCCGCUCUGGCAGGGAACUUCCUGUCUUGCUUGGUGCGUGUCCUCAGCCGUGGGCCGGGCCGUCUAGAAACCACUGCCUUUGUUCCUACUGUUUGUGCUGGCUGCGGCGGCAGCCCCCGGCCCCACCUGGCGACUGAGCCUUGAAACGUGGCCGCCGGGACUGGAGGGAUGCGUUUGGAAUUGUAUUUGACGUUUAAAUAGCCAGGCACGCUGUGCGGGGAGGCACCGUCUAGUGGAAGGAGAGGUUCCAAGCAGAGUACGCGUGUCUGCGGGCGGUGGAGAAGGGCCGCGGAGUGGGGGUGGGAAGGUGCCCCUUCUUGAGGAACAGACAGGCAGGCCGCCUGCUGGGAGGAGGGGCAAUGAAAUGCAGGGUGCUUUCCGCCCCCUUAGAAACUGUUAACUUAAAUCUGGAAUUGGCAGUAGUCACCUGGCUCCACCUGCCACACAAGCGAGGCCCCCCAGCUGCCCUGUCGCCAGCCCCGCUACCGAAGAGGGACCCAUCGGCGUCUUAGGACCUGUGCAAGGUUUAAACAAAUCCAAAUGUCGUCCCCACACAGGGGGACAUGCCUACACACAGCUUUGCUUCUUGAAGCCCUUUUAAGCAAGGGCUGGCGUUCAGCUGUGCUUUUCAAACAUCCCAAGACAAGCAGCUGGGCUGCGAACCCCGAUCUGACUUGACUUUCUGCCACACGGUCCUGGUGACUGGUGGGCAUUAGGGCUGGAUUUUAUCACCCGAGGUCAAGGCUGGCUUCUGGGCGCCAGGAGUUUGUUUUAAGCUAGGUGUGGUUCGGAGGGCUGGCAUGAUCACGAAUCCACCCAAGGACGGUCCAGGGAGGUGGGGUGUCCCUGGGGACUCUGGCUCGUAGGAGGGGACGCAAGCCCAGGCCUGUCCGAUGACAAAGCUUUGGCCGGGUGGCGUCCCCCCUCUGGGCGGAGGACUUCCUGCGGCUCCUGGGAGCCUGCAGCCGAUCCCUGGGCUUGCAGCAGGGGGAGGUGGCUCCCGGGGCCUCGAGGAGGGAGGGGGCGGGCUCGGGACUCGGGACACAUCCUCAUGUCCCUCGUGACAUGUUCUUCCAGCACCAGGGGAGCCAGGUGUCCUCUGGUGAGCAGGCCAGCCAGGGCUCCCAAGGGCCGGCCAGCCCCGAGGCCUCCCGGCACGCAGGGGUCAGGACCCUGCAGCCCUCCAGUCUCCAGGGGCCCAACUUCGAAGACACCAUGGCCACGAGGUCCUCCGACUGGCUCCAACAGCCCCCUGGCAUGGACGACGAGGCCGACCUCGACCUAGAUGUGCGGCUGUCCUGGGACUCGGAGCCCCGCUUGUGGCAGGAUGUUCUGACUGAGGAACUCUGGCGGACCUUUGCUGGGACCCAGGAGAAGGAGAAACGCCUGGGCCUCAGGACGACAGACCAGGCGCCAGGGCUGGAAAGCCAGAACCCAGGACCACGACGCCUGGGAGUGGAAGUACUUAACGAGGACACUCUGGUUCUCAGCCUACCUAAGCCCUCCCCCAGCAGCUGUGAGGGCUCCAGAGAAGAGAGCACAGGACGGGGCGCUGUAGCCCAGGGGGUGUCCUCCCACGCGGCUCGGGAGGCUGCCGGGAGAGCGGAUCAAUUUCUGAAGCCCAUAUGCUGGGAUCCUGAGGACUUUGAAAGCACGAGUAAUAGGCCUGAUGCCUUGCCCUGGCAACCCAAGAAGCUGGCCGUCCCACACCAAGUGGAGAAGAAGCGGAGGCUAGAACACGGGGAUCCUGUGCUGGCCACGGCUGUCAGCAGCUUCACACGGCACGCCUUCACCUGUGGUAGGGGUGGCGUGAAGGUGUGGAGCCUGGUCAAGCAGGUGGUGGUGGCCUGGUAUCCGGAGUGCUACCUGCCUGUACAGAUUCCUGGGGCCUACCUGCGCACCUGCCUGCUGUUCUCAAAUAGCACAGCCCUGCUGACGGGCGGCCACAACCUGGCCAGCGUGAGCCUGUGGGACCUGAUGGCGCCUUCCCUGUACGUGAGAGCGGAGCUGCCCUGUGCGGGCCUCAGCUGCCAGGCCUUGGCUGCCAGCCCCGAGGACUGCCUGGCUUUUGCCGGCUUUACCAAUGGCACCGUCAGGAUCUGGGACCUGCGGAACCAGAGCGUGGUCAGGGACCUGCCGGGGCACUUGAACGGAGCCAAGAGCAUCGCUGUCAAAGACCAGAACAUCUGGACGGGGGGUCUGGACGCCUGCCUGCGGUGCUGGGACCUGAGGACCACCAGGGAGCCCCAGGAAUACCCGUUUGAGGCUCAGAUAAUGAGCCUGUCCCCAAGCCCCAAGGAGGACUGGGUGCUGGUGGGCACAGCCAAUGGCCGGCAGUGGCUGCAGCCCACUCGGGGGGGCCAGAAGCGCAUGGUGGGACGUAAGGAUGGCACCAUCCUUGGCCUGAAGUUCUCUCCACUUGGCCAUUGGUGGGUGAGUGUGGGGACAGACGGCCUGGUCAGCAUCUACAGCAUGCCCACAGGGACCUCGGUGGUCCAGGUACCCGAGACGUCCUCCAUCACGUGCUGUGAUGUGUCCGCCAGCAACCACCUGAUGGUCACGGGGUUCAGGGACCACGCUGUGGUGUAUCAGAUCGCGUACUGAGGGCACGCCACGGGCUGGGUGGGCACGGCUGGGCCUGUGAUCUUGGUCACGUGUAAUAAAGCAAUUGGAAAAAGCUGACUGGGUGCUACGUCCUGCCCCUUGUCCCCUG